AUGAAUAAGACAGUCGAGAACUUUGCAGUACCAGCUACAUGCACUAUUUGUCAGACAAGCCAUGGUUUUAGUUCAGCUGAUCGACGUGCCAUCAUUGUUAUGGUUGUUCUAACUGGUGUAGCGCUUAUCUUAUGCUAUGUAGCUGUACUAUGGUAUGCUAUUCGAACACGUUUUAUUCGUAAUAUAAAAUCACUGAUUAUUCCGGAAAGUGCACAUGAAAAUUCAGUAUCUGAUGGCGAUGAGGAUAUAAAGGCACAUAUGGCUAGGACAAAAGCAAUGCUAACGCAACCUGCUGUAUUUGUAUUGGGCGAUGAUCAUGAUCGAUUUUGA